GUCCUCAGAAACCUCCACCGCCGCGAAGCGACGGCUGCCGGAACCGGUGUGGCCAGCUUGGGGUUGCGAUACGGAGACUGUUUGCGUGACACCCCCCUCCACCUCCCGCCUCCUCCCGCCGCGUGGUUGCCGUGGCAACGGAAGAGAGCCGGCGACCUGGGUUCCGGAAGCCGGAGUGCUGGAGCUUGGAAGCUACCCUGGUCCAAGGAUGCUGAGUCCCGAGCGCCUAGCCCUCCCGGACUACGAGUAUCUGGCCCAGCGACAUGUCCUCACAUAUAUGGAAGAUGCAGUGUGCCAGCUGUUAGAGAAUAAGGAAGAUAUUAGCCAGUAUGGCGUUGCCAGGUUCUUCACUGAAUAUUUUAACAGUGUAUGUCAGGGAACUCACAUUCUCUUUCGGGAAUUCAGCUUCAUCCAGGCCACCCCUCACAAUAGGGCAUCAUUCUUACGGGCCUUCUGGAAAUGCUUCCGAACUGUGGGCAAAAAUGGCGAUUUGCUGACCAUGAGAGAGUAUCACUGUUUGCUGCAACUGCUGUGCCCGGAUUUCCCACUGGAGCUCACUCAGAAAGCGGCCAGGAUCGUGCUCAUGGAUGACGCCAUGGACUGCCUGAUGUCUUUUUCAGAUUUCCUUUUUGCCUUCCAGAUCCAGUUUUACUACUCAGAAUUCCUGGAGAGCGUGGCCGCCAUCUAUCAGGACCUGCUGGCGGGCAAGAACCCCAAUACGGUGAUUGUGCCGACGUCAUCCAGCGGGCAGCACCGUCAGCGGCCCCCUCUGGGUGAGGCGAGCCUGCUGGAAGGAGUGGAGGCCUCGCUGUUCUCCCAGUGCCUGGAGAACUUGUGCGACCGGCACAAGUACAGCUGUCCACCCCCAGCACUUGUCAAAGAGGUACUAAGCAACGUUCAGAGACUGACCUUCUACGGAUUCCUUGUGGCUCUUUCAAAGCAUCAUGGAAUCAAUCAAGCCCUAGGAGCUUUGCCUGACAAAGGGGACCUGAUGCACGACCCAGCCAUGGAUGAGGAGCUGGAACGGCUGCUGGCCCAGAUCCCAGGCCUGGUCAACUCGGCCACUGCCAACCCAGAGGCCGGCUGCCUGCCUUCCCGGACCCCUCCCCGGGUUGGCUCUCCCUGGAGACCCCUCCAUCACGCCCGCAAGGUGGAAGCAGAGAGCGAUGGCUCCACUGAAGAGACGGACGAGUCUGAGACUUGAGGCGUCUGAAGGGUCCUAUCCACAGCACCCCUUUCCAGCUCCCACCCAGCCCUUGGGACUCCCACCCAACCUCCUCCCCCACCCCCAUGCCACGCUGCCCUCUGCUGGCGAAAAGCCUGAAUAACAGCCCAAGCCCAAAGACCAGCCAGAGGGGUUCCGGUAUCAUCUGCCAAGUCAAGCAGUGACCCUGAAAAGUAACAGUCUACUCUCCUUGGCCCUGUCAGCCUCUGCACUUUAGUCACGACCCAGGCUGACAGCAGACUGAGCGGAGGCCAUCAGGAAGGUGACUUUUGCUGACAGUCCCCACCACGUAAGGGUGCUCUUCUCAUAGCAACCUGAGGCAGGGGAGACCAUGAAUAACCGUGCAGGGCCUCGUAUGGCCAAGGGCGACACCUGUGGUGCACGUGUAGGGUGGACAUACACAUGGUGGCCUUCUGCUGGAGGAAGAGCCACUGGCACGAUAGGAUGAAGGGCUGCAAGAAGACAAGUCCACUUCCAAAAACUGCUCCGAGCCCCCUCUGUGUCUAACAGUUCAACAUGGUAAAUGAAUAAAGUCCCUUGUAUCUGGUAA